CAGAUUUCAGCAGCAAAAUCUGUAACAAGAUCAACACCAGAAGUAACAACAGCAGCAAGAAAAUCAGGAACAAAAUCAUCAUCAAUAGCAACUGCAACAAAAGUAGCAACAACUGUUCACCGCUACAUUAAACAGCAGCAGCUGAAGAGAUUCAUAAGUUGCCGUGCAAGGAUAACCAGGUCCAGCCAAGGUAACGGUGGCAACAUCAGAGCGAGUCAGCUUCAGCGCCAGCAGGAGCGGCCCCAGCUGCAGGAGCGGCCCCAGCAGCAGGAGCGGCCCCAGCAGCAAGAGCGGCCCCAGCUGCAUGGGCCCCAGCAGCAGGAGCGACCCCAGCAGCAGGAGCGGCCCCAGCUGCAGGAGCGGCCCCAGCAGCAGGAGCGGCCCCAGCUGCAUGGGCCCCAGCAGCAGGAGCGGCCCCAGCAGCAGGAGCGGCCCCAGCUGCAGGAGCGGCGCGGCUCACCUCUGCGGGCCAAAUCAUGGCAUCCUCCCCGACCCUUUUAUGCAAAUGUGCAUGAGC